AUGGCCGAUACCACCUCCUCCCGUCCUUUCUCUACCUCUUCCGUCAUAUCGCCAUAUGCAGCACUCGAAGCUAUCGCAGGUGGUGACUCAGUCGCUCACUCGUCCCCCUCUCAGCAAUCUCGAUCAAGGAACGAAAAUCAUAAUCACCAGCAUAGACCUUUAACUCCAUUAGAAGACACUACAGAAGAACCAGAAUCGGACGGACCGUUUCUGGUUCGAGCUAGAUUCAGCUUCCAGGCUACUGAUCAUAGUGCUCUGUCAUUCAAUGCUGGAGACUUGAUACAGGUCUUUGCGAGGCUGGAGAGCGGCUGGUGGGAUGGCAUGCUGGAUGGUCAGAGAGGUUGGUUCCCUAGCAAUUACGUUGAAGAAAUCAACGAAGAGGAUUUGCAGAGAUUACAAGAACAAGAUGGUGGACUACCCUUUCAGCAGUCCGAAUUUCCGGAGGAUGUCUUAAGGAUGGAUGACGUACUAAGAGGUGGAUGGGGAGAUUGGAGCGGUGAUACUGGAUUAGACCAAUUGGCAAGAGAGAUGUUAGCGGGAGAUGAUGAUGGUGAUGACGGACAGGCUUUUGCAGAAGUCGCUCGAAGGAGACGUGCUCAAGCUGAAGGAGGACAAGGAUUGAUGAUUCCUCCUCCUGAACUCAAUGAGUUUGGCUAUUCACCAGGUCGAAGAAGAGAAGAGACGGAGAAUACAAUUCGACCAUCGGCAGCUUCCACCCAUUCCUCGUCGACGCAGCAUCCCCUCUCGACCAAAGGGAAGCAAAGGAAUUCAGUCCAAGGUGGUAGUAGCGCUUCUCAAGAUGCGUGGAUACCAUCUAUCACCCCAGAUGGUCAGGUGUAUUAUCAUAAUACUCAGACUGGAGAAGAUUCAUGGGAAUUGCCAAUGGAAGGUAUGGAAUUAGAAGAGGACAAUAGUGGAUUCACCCAAAAUGAUAAUGACUUCUUCGCCAAACCUUCUCUAUCAUCCGAUCCGUCUCCCUCUGUCCAAUCGGACGAUAACGAUUUCCGACCUCCUCCCAAAGCAUCCGCCGACAUACCUUAUCCGUGGGUAGCGAAACUCAGCGACGACGGACGAGAAUGGUUCUACUAUAAUCGUCUCACUGGACAAUCCCGUCGAGAUCUACCAGCUAGUAAAGGUGAUGCGACGUCCAUGAUAGAUGUGGGUGUAGGAAUGAAACGACUCAGUGUAGGGUCCACCUCCAGGCCAAUGAGAGCAUCAGUAGAGAUCCAGAGGAAAGCAGUGGAAGAAUGGGAAAGAAAGACCGCUGAAGCCUUGAAAGCUGUGAUACAACCUGAAAAGAAGCCCACCAUGGGAUUGUUAAUGGACAAUGUGAAUGAAGCGUUAAGAGAGAUAUUCGAAGCUUCCGUAGCUGGAUCUGCGGCUGAGGAAGAGAUGUCCCGUGCGGAAGAUCUAGGAAGUGAAAGUGGGAUGAUCGCUGCUUUGAUGAGAGAGGAAAGUGCAGUGGAAAUGCUUGCAACCGCUCACAAGAACACUUUAUCGGCGAUCAGACAACUGCUGAAUUCGUUUGGGUAUGUUGGACCAUUAGAUCGAAUGGAAGAAUUGCCCCGACCAAGCUGGGUAGGGGAUAUGACUUUGAUAGGUAGUAUCGGGUUAUUAUCAGCAAACACCCAUGCUGCAGUCACUUCGAAGCGGGUUCCUGAAACUGGUCUUUCCAUAUGGGCAGAAGUGAUGCGUUCAGCUUCGAAAGUGAAAGAUGUCAUUGCCAACUUCCCAAAUACCGCUUUGGCAGGUACGACCCAGCAUUCCGGAGUAGAUAAUGCAGAAGGAUCAAGGAUCGAUGCCUGGCUAGGAUAUGAUGUUAUUGGAGAGCCGUUGAGUGGGAAAUGGGGAUUCGGCAGAACCGAUAGAAACGAGCAUGACUGGCAUAUCUUGGAUCAGAGCUCAGUUGUAGAAUGUCAAAGGCUGAAGAAUGAUUUCGAUAAUGCCCUGAGAAACAUCACUACCAUCACGAUUGGGACCGAGAAUGGGCUCAUGGAUCUCAUUAGACUGUCGACAAAGUUCCAAGAGAUGACAGGUUCAUUGGACAUAGCUAGUGUGAUCGAUGUCGAUGGCGAUACCGGGGAUUUAGGGAACGGGGUUCGAUCGAGAGAAGAUGAUCUGAGGGAAUAUGAACAUCUGGUAGAUCAAGCUCGUCAAGCGAUAACAGAUUUAGAUAAUUCAUCGAAACAGAUCAACCAAGUUUCUUUCUCCUUACUUCAGAAAAUCGAUUCUCCCCUCGAAGAUGUACGACCCAUUCUCGAACUUCUUUCUGUGGGGAUGACUACUGCUUUCAGGGCAUUGCCUACUCUACUGAUAAUAUCUGGUGAACAAGUCGCAGCGGUCGAUCAAGGUCUGAUAAGGGGUCAAAUCGGUAUUCGAUCAUUCAGAUACCAUCAAUCUUCUCGAAGACAAUCUGGUCGACCGACUUCUAUGAUCUCUUCCAACUCCCGUACGAGCUUCAGUGGAGCUGGAAGUUCUUCCAGACGACAUAGAGUUAGAGGACUAGAGGAAGAAUUCUUAGAUGCGGAUGAUUACGGGGAAUCUCGAGAUCAACCUGCCCAGAUGCCUUUGACAUCUGCCUCGGCCAGUACCACCAGCUUAGCACCUCAGAGAAGUCGAACGAGCAGUACGACGAGCCUGGCAUACCAGCAGACAGAGAGUGAUAGUGGGAGUCAGAAAGGGAAUCGAUCGAGUAUACUCAAAGCUUUCAGGAGGAAUAGAGCGGAAAGUGAUGCUGAUGGUCGUGGUACUCAACGUAAUAAAACACCAAGUAAGAAACUCGCCAAACUCCUUGGUGAAGAUAUGUCACAGCUACCUAUCAAUGCGACUGUGCCUCCGCCAGCACCUCCCGAAACUCCUUGGUACCUGUCCGAUGACUUUGCACCUGGCGAGAUCAUAUUUGACGAUAAAGGUGGUGUCAAAGCUGGAUCGUUGAGAGCGCUGGUAGUAAGAUUGACCCAGCAUAGUUCGACGGAUACACCUUUCUUCCAAGCUUUCCUCCUUACUUUCCGAUCAUUCACCAACGCCCACGAAUUGUUCGAUCACCUCGUCGAACGAUACAAUAUGUCUCAACCUGACGGUCUUAACUUGGAACAAGCCCAGGAAUGGAAAGUGAAAAAACAAGCUCCGAUCAGAUUGAGAGUAGCCAACGCGCUCAGAACAUGGUUGGAAAGGCAUUAUAUCGAGCAGACAGAUAAUGAAGUUUUAGAUAGGAUUGAAGAAUUUGCGAAUACAACUUUGCUGGCUAAUGGCAGCGAGUUGAUGAGCAAGCAACUAUUGACGCUCGUGGGGAAACGUCGUCAAGGUGAACCUGAACAAACUCGAGGUUCAGCAUCUGGAUCACUCUUAUCUCCCCCAGCACCCCUCUUACCCCGAGUCACCGGAAGACAGUUGCGUCUGACCGACGUCUCUCCACUCGAGAUUGCCCGGCAGUUGACCAUCGUCGAGUUCAUUCAUUUCCAACGUAUUAAGCCUUCUGAAUGUCUCAAUCGAGCUUGGGCAGAUGAAAACACCGGCUCGAUAAACGCUCCCAAUGUACGGAAUGUGAUUCUCACUGCGAAUCGAAUGGCAGGAUGGGUUGCUCUGCAUAUAUUGAGUUCGAAAGAUGUCAGACAGAGGGCGACGGCUAUGAAGAUACUGAUCCAGGUAGCUGCGGAAUGCCGAAACCUCAACAACUUCUCUUCGAUGGCUGGAAUAGUAGCUGGAUUGAACUCUGCGCCCAUCACUCGACUGAAACGGACUAAGGAGUUGUUAAGCGCCAAAACACAAAGUAUGAAAUCAGAUUUGGACAAAACGUUAGAUUCGACCAAGAAUUUUGCGAAUUAUAGAGAUAUGUUGAAGACUAUCAAUCCACCUUGUGUGCCUUUCUUCGGGUUCUAUCUCUCCGCUUUGACAUUUAUAGAAGACGGUAAUAAGAAUUUCAUCCAACCUGGUGGACCUAACAGCAACAACACUGCUGGGAUGAAGGGACUGACCAAUUCGAAUUCUAAUUCUUCAUUGACGAACAAUUUGAAUAAACCAUUACAAUCUUCUACUUCUUCCACUCUCAACUUUAAUGGAACAGCUGUACAACAACAGCCAUUGAUCAAUUUCUUCAAGAGAGCAUUAAACGCUGAAAUCCUUCGAGAUAUCGCUCAAUACCAAUCACAACCUUAUAACCUUGCUCGAUGUAAGCCCGUCUUGGAGUGGAUCAUGAGAGGAUUAGACGAAGUUGAAAAAGGAGGUGAUCUAUACGAAGUCUCACAAGCUUUAGAACCGAGAGAGAAAGAGGAAGAAAGGAUAACGAGGAUGUUACAUGAUAGCGUAGGUUAA